AGGCGGCUUUUGGCAUUUUGUCUCGGUAGCCAAGGGACAAAAUGUAUUGCCAAGCCCACAUAGUAUAUAUAAAGUAAUAAGAUUUUUCUCACAGAGCCAAAAUAUCAAACGACUUCUCACAGCAAUACAAAAUGAACACUGAAUCUUUCUUCUACAAAUUAUGCACAUUAUUCUGCGGUGCAUUACCAAGUUCUAUAGCGACCACUGCACCUGAUAUGGACAAGUCAUGUUCAACACCUAUAUAUCAAGAAGUGAUACAUAAUGUCUAUCAUCAAGCACAUCAGUCCCAUACCCAGGAACCUUAUAGCAAACAUAGUGUGCAAGACAAUCAUAGAAUGGCACGUGUACACAUGUUCAAAUCGUCCACCGAUAAACAGAGGGAUAUCGUAUUGGAAACGCAAGAAGACUUACCGGCUUCACCCUCACUUAAUAACGUCACAGAAGAACACUCGCUGGACGUUACUGUCCAAUCUCCUAAACAAAUGUCCUUGCUAAACAGGAACGAAAGCGCGGCGCUCACUGCGGCUCUAUUGCAAAAGGCUUCUACCAAUAUGGACGUUGUCGGUGCCGUAGCGGCUGCUCUAUCUGUUAAACCUGAUUCCUUGGAGAUGUUGAGUGAAAGAACUCAGCAACAAUUACUGUCGUCGCUACAACAACAACAACAACAACAACAACAACAGCAGCAGCAGCAGCAGCAACAGCAGCAGCAACAACAGCAACAACUACAACAACAGCAACAACAACAACAGCAGCAGCAACAACAACAACAACAGCAAGAGUCAUUACCUUCGCCGGAACAAGCCCGGGAUGAGCAACAACUAAGUUUACCUCUACCUCCAGCACCAGCGCCAACGCUUGCGCCUUCUUUAACACAUACCCCUGAGAAGGAAAUCGUGCCAAAGCCAUGCAGCAAGUCUACCGAAUUUAUGGACCAAGCAGCAGCAGCGACCGCAUUACAAUUACUUGGACUGGCGCAACAAAACAAGUCGCCAGAACAACAGCAAACGACACCGCCAACAUCAGCGGCAACGGCAUUGACAGCUACCACACCACUGGAUAGUAAUGUGAUGAUGAUUGCCAAUUAUCCUGGCCUGAAUGCAACACAAUCCAUCGAAUCCUCGCUGGAAGAGAUGAGUCAGAAACGAGGCGCAUGGACACGUGAAGAGGACGAUUUGCUAUUAGCAGGAAUUAAGAAAUUUGGGUACGGGAGGUGGAAAGAGAUUGCUAGUAUUAUACCCGGUCGAAAGGGAAAACAGUUGAAACAACGUUGGGAUAAUACAUUGGCAGCCAAGUAUGUGGAUCAAGAAUGGUUACAGAAUAAAAUACGAGAUGAAAUUGACGUAGAUCGGAUCAAAAAUGAAGAUAAAAAUAAUAGUAAUAACAAUAAUAAUAAUAACACACGACAAUCAACCACACCGAAUAGUUCAAUUGAAUUAGCUGAUUGGAAUACUAUCGCACAAAAGAUUUCGGAAAAGUUAAGGGAAGGGGAUCAGGUAGCUAUUGAAUCCUUAAUAUCCCAGGCGUUACUCAGUACUAUGAACUCAAGUGUGGCAUCAUCUUCUUUUAAACCCAAUCCCAUGAUGAAUUUCAGCGACCCUUCCUCUAUUGCUUUAUUCUCUACGCAACAACAGCAACAGCAAAAUCAACAACAGCAACAUCAGCAGCAGCAACAACAACAUCAACAACAGCAACAACAUCAACAACAGCAACAACAGCAACAGCAACAAGCCGAUAAUUCUACCGCGGGCGGUGAAGAAGGUUCUUCUUCUUUAUCAUCGCAUUCAUUCUUUAUACCUAAUAACACCCAACAACAACAACCUUCUUCACCCAAAAAGAGAAGGCGAUCAGAUCCUGCUUUAGCUGAUACCCAAAGUGAUGCCAUGUCCAUUUACGCUUCUGCAACGCCCAUCACCACCACUGUCAAUAAUCAAACCCAAACCUUUUACCCUUGCUUAUUCCCAGAUUGCGGAAAGACAUUUGCUAGGCUUUAUAAUCUCAAAAGCCAUUCGAGAACACAUACCGAUGAUAGGCCCUUUAUAUGCCAAGUAUGUCAUAUUGCAUUUAGUAGAAACCAUGAUUUGAAAAGACACAGCAAGAUACAUGGAGGGGAUAAACCAUUCCGCUGUGCUGGUUGUAGUAAGACGUUUUCAAGGUUGGAUGCCUUGAAGAGACACAAGAGUAAUUUACGUAACAAAAUCACUUGCGUGAAUGCACCCAUCAUUCAAUAA